CCUAAAAAGUUAUGGCUUGGGAGGAGGAAGAUGACUAUGAAGCCGGAAAAGAUGAUUAUGAAGCAGUCCGCCGCAAUUUUUGUCGCCGGAAAAUCUGAUCCCAUCUUACGUUCUUGGCCUUCUGCUUCUCGAGUCGGGUUUUCUCCGGCGAGAAGAGACCGCUCUUGCCGGGGUUCCUUCAUGGAGAAGCCGCAUAACGUUCCUUCUCCACCGUCGAGGAGAUUCAACCCGGUGUUGGCCUGUCGGGCCACGGCGACGCGUCGCUCUGACGGAAAAUUCCCGAUCAGCGAGAGGAAGGACACGCCCGUUCAUGGACUAUCAGAGAUGAUUGUUGGGGUCCUCGGGGGUGGACAAUUGGGCCGCAUGCUUUGUGAAGCAGCUUCCCAAAUGGCUAUCAAAGUGAUGGUUUUAGACCCUUCUGAGAAUUGCCCGGCUAGUGCAUUGUCUUAUAGUCACAUGGUCGGAAGCUUUGACGUCAGUGCAACGGUUGAAGAGUUUGCAAAAAGAUGUGGAGUCUUGACCGUGGAGAUUGAACAUGUUGAUGUGGAAACAUUAGAAAAACUCGAGCAACAAGGAGUGGAUUGCCAACCUAAAGCCUCGACGAUCCGGAUUAUCCAGGAUAAAUAUAUGCAAAAAGUUCAUUUUUCUCAGCAUGGCAUUCCGCUUCCCGAGUUUAUGGAGAUAGAUGAUAUGGAAGGAGCAAAAAGAGCAGGUGAAACUUUUAGAUAUCCUCUUAUGAUCAAGAGCAAACGGUUGGCAUAUGAUGGGCGUGGAAAUGCAGUUGCCAACAAUGAAAAUGAGCUUUCUUAUGCUGUAAAUGCCCUUGGAGGUUUUGACCGUGGUUUAUACGUGGAGAAAUGGGCACCAUUUGUGAAGGAGUUGGCUGUUAUUGUGGCUAAGGGAAGGGAUGGUUCCGUGGUGUGUUAUCCUCUUGUUGAAACUAUCCACAGGGAGAACAUAUGCCACAUAGUUAAAGCGCCUGCUGAUGUGCCCUGGAAGAUUAAGGAACUUGCAGCUGAUGUCGCUCAAAAGGCUAUUGGUUCUCUAGAUGGCGCUGGUGUUUUUGCAGUUGAGUUGUUCUUGACAAAUGAUUGUCAGAUUUUGCUAAACGAGGUUGCACCUAGACCGCACAAUAGUGGCCACCAUACAAUUGAGUCAUGUUAUACUUCACAGUACGAACAACACUUGCGUGCUGUGAUCGGUCUUCCACUGGGUGACCCAUCGAUGAAAACUCCGGCUGCCAUUAUGUACAACAUCCUUGGUGAAGAGGACGGAGCAACCGGUUGCAAUUUGGCUCAUAAUCUUAUAGCAAGAGCUCUGAGUAUUAGAGGGGCGACUGUGCAUUGGUAUGACAAGCCGGAAAUGAGAAAGCAACGGAAGAUGGGUCACAUUACCCUUGUUGGACCUUCUUUGGGUGUUGUAGAGCAAAGGCUGCAAUGCAUGUUAAACGAAGAAAGUGAUGAAACAGCAGAGACGCCUCGUGUUGGAAUCAUAAUGGGUUCGGAUUCGGAUCUUCCUGUGAUGAAGGACGCAGCCAAAAUUCUCAGCAUGUUCGGUAUUACCUACGAGGUGAGAAUAGUUUCAGCUCAUCGAACCCCUGAGUUGAUGUUCUCAUACGCAACUUCAGCUCGUAGCCGAGGAGUUCAGGUCAUAAUUGCCGGCGCUGGUGGUGCGGCUCACUUGCCAGGAAUGGUCGCUUCACUUACUCCUUUGCCCGUGAUUGGAGUUCCUGUACGCGCGACCCGAUUAGAUGGUGUUGAUUCACUUCUCUCCAUUGUUCAGAUGCCAAGGGGUGUCCCGACAUCUGAAGGACAUUCUUUUGUACAAACGGAUGGCGGGAUUGUUGUGAGCAAUCACAUGAAGGUAAGCUCCGCGGCAUGUAGGGAUGCCGGAAGCAUAUUUGAUGACCUCUUUGAUUAG